AUGCUUGAAGCCCAGGGCCAUGAGGAGCUUCCUGACCGGGCUGGGGACGGCGGGCGGGGCUGGCCUGUGAUGCGCUCUGGGUUCUGUGACAGCACAGGUGUGUCACAAGGCCGUGUCACAAUGGGGGCAGCUACGAAAGGCCACAGCGGGUGCCACUGCCCCAGUAGAGCCUGGGCAAGCGGUGAGUGCACAGCAGUGAGGAGACGGGGCUGGAGGAGAGCAGGGGCUUGGGGAGGGCAGGGGCAGAAGCUCCGGUACCGGGCCCUGUGUUCUGCCCCCACACCCAGGGCCCGGCCCCCGGGAGGGAGCGCCUUGCUGAGGGCGCGGCGCUUGCUGGGGCAGCGGUGCAGGCCUCAAAGCCUGCCAGCUGCCGGGGUCCCCCUCCUCCCUGCCGCCACAUCCCUGCGGCUCCUGCCCCCCACUGACUCUCUCCGUUCCGGCCCCACUGAACUCUGCAUUCUGUGUGUCCUCCUGCAGACCAUGGCUUUACUGUCAUUGCUCUUCGUGCUCGUGCAAAGCCUGAUCCAGUACCCCCAGCCGGCUGGGGAUGGGCUGGAUGAGGCCACGCACCGGCGAAUGCAGGAGCGUCAGGAGCUGCUGGACCGUGAGAUGGCUCGGCUGCUGCAGGAGCUGGAGCAGCAGGAUGAGGGCUGGGGAGCCGUGCUCUUUGGUGCCCUGCAGCAGUGGCCAUUCUGGGUCCUUGCUGGAGUCCUGCUCCUCUUGGGCCUGUGGUUUGGCUGCAGGAGAAGGAGCAAGGAAGAUGAAGAAAGCACUGGUGGGAUUGUGGAGGAAGACGACUGCGGCAGUGGAAAGGACAGAGAAGGAAUUCCUCUGGCUGCAAAUGACAAAGACGAUGAUGAUGCCAUUGAAGGCAAUGAUGCUGUGAAGGUGAAGGAAGACAGCAAUGUUUACAAAGAUGAUGACCGUGACUUAAAGAAAGAUGAAGAAUGGAGUGAUGGGAACGUGCCAGGAGAUAAUACUUGUGAAAGAACAGAAGAAGAACCUGGCAAUGUUGCUGGAAAUACAGAAGGCCUAGAUGAUGAACAGGUGAAUGAAGACAACGAUUCUGAAAAGGAAGAAGAAGAAGGAGAAAACACGGAUGUACAGGUGGAUGAAGAAAAGGAUGCUGGAAAGGAAGAAGAAGAAGAAGAAGGAAACAAGGAUGUACAGAUGGAUCAAGACAAGGAUGCUGGAAAGGAAGAAGAAGAAGAAGGCAACAAGGAUGUACAGGUGGAGCCAGACAAGGACACUGGAAAGGAAGAAGAAGAAGAAGAAGGCAACAAGGAUGUACAGGUGGAGCCAGACAAGGACACUGGAAAGGAAGAAGAAGAAGAAGGAAACAUGGAUGUACAGGUGGAUGAAGAAAAGGACACUGAAAAGGAAGAAGAAGAUGGAGAAAACAUGGAUGAACAGGUGGAUCAAGACAAGGACACUGGAAAAGAAGAAGGAGGAAACAAGGAUGUACAGGUGGAGCAAGACAAGGACGCUGGAAUGGAAGAAGGAGGAGAUGGAAAUGAAGAAAAAACCAGUGGUGUGAAUAUGAAGGUGGGCAGCAACGAUGAUGUAAAUGAUGGGGAAGACAACGAGGAUGGACAGGAAGAAUACAUGGAUGUGAAGGUGCAGGAAAGCGGUGAUGCCAGUGAACAGGGGAGCAGGGAUUGCACUGGGCAGGAAGACAGCAAUCAACGUGGGAAUGAAGCAGCCCAUAGUGCUUUUGCUGGCACUGAGGAAGAAAAGAAGGAAGUUCUAGAAGAAGAUGGCAAUGAUAGAAAGCAGGAUGAAGAACAGGGUGAUGUGAAUGUGGAGGCAGACAAGAAGGAGGAUAGGAAAGAAGGUGAACAAGGUAACGUGGCUGCUAGGGAAAAAGAGGACAGUGACGGUGGCAAGGAAGAAAGCGGCAGCGGUGGAAGUGAAGACAGAGAGGACACCCAAGAUGUUUGGAAUGAGCUAGGCCUCCUUUUAGUAGAUCAGAUAGAGUGGCCUGUGGAGAAUCUGGAGAGAGGUUGCUCAGUGACAGCUGAGCUGAUGAAGAGCUUCAGCCGUGUCUUUGUGGACAGCGCCAGCAAUAGCUUCUACCCAGUGCCUCAGGAAGCCAUCGGGGUGGGCAGUGCCUUUGAGGGCUGGAGUCCCCGUGACUGGGAUGGCGUGUACCGGGUGCUGGUCCCACUGGAUCCCCCACCAGGGCACGCCUUCCAGCUGGAGCUGAACAGUGCAGGGCCGAUGGCGGCAAGGACCUUCAGCGUCCGUGUGGAGCUGGUGUGCAUGUGCAAGAGGGAGCAGCUGGACAAGAAGCUCUUGUGCUUCCUGCACCACUCGCAGGAGGAGCUGCGGCGGAAGCAGAAGCGCAGCCUCCUAGAGACACUCUGCACCGGCUCCUACCUGGACGUGGAAAAAACCUCCCACUGGUUCCGCCAGCUGGUGAGAUGCUCGUGGCUGCACGUGCCUCAGUCAUACUCGUGGCACUUGGUGUUUCAGCCCAGCAGCCGGUCCUGCCAAUUCCAGCUGAGCAAAGGCAAGGAGAGGCUGACGGUGGAGAUGCUCUUUGGGGUGCGCCAAGGGGACUCGGACAUCUUUGUGGUCAGCCAGCCCACGGAGGCCCAGAAAGGUGGCUCCCUCAGCUUUGUGAGCAGCCAGCCCGCCCAGGCCAACUUCAUUGCAAGCACAGCGUGGCCCGAGACGUACGCUGCGGCAGAGGCAAAAUUCUUCCAGCACAUCGCCAGGCAGCUGCCGUGUGAGAGCUUGCACCUGAAAUGCCUGCAGCUCUUCACCUGCAUCCUGAGGGACACAGGUCUUUCCAGCUCUACCUGGAAGACUGUGGUCAUGCACAUGCUGACCAUAGUACCUCUGUCCCGCUGGUGCAGGAGGGAAUUUGCACGGCGGCUGUGGGACACCAUGGCCUACCUGCACUGCUGCCUGCAGCUGAAACGCCUGGACCACUUUGUGCUGGGCAAUGAGAGGCUUCCUGCAGAGAUCAGCUUGCCGCCGGCAAUGCGAAGGGUUGAGCCGCUCAACCUCUUCGAGCGCCUGGUCCGAGAUCCGGCCGCCCACGGACAGGCGAUGCAAGCUUAUGGUCAGCUGCACUUUCACCUCUGGAUGCUGCUCUGCAACCAGUGA